AUGGAUCAAACACAUAGACUAUCCCCAAAGCUUAAGGUGUUCUCACUGCCCGACCAGACACCUGAUACCAAAUUUGUUCUGUUCGGUGAAACAGAAAUUCACCUACAUUCUACAGUUCUGAAACUGCACUCAGCAUUCUUCCGAAAGUUUCUUGACUCUCCAGACAAAAAGCCUGCAGAGCCGUCAGCAGAAUUCCGUUACGAAUGGGUCAGUGAGAUUGAGGAGGAUGGCGAAUGGCACAUGGCUGAGAAAUCCCACGCGAAGCCAAAUGAUAAUGUCUUGUCGGAAAAUACAAUCUGGGAUAUGGAGGUCCUGGUCUUCAUUGAGAUGCUCAACGCACUAUACCGUAUUCCAUAUAAGAUCUGGGUGGCCCGACUGUUCAUUGUCACCAAGAUGGCAGACUACUAUUGUUGCCUUCCUGCAGUCUCACACAAUCUCUUCGCUUGUUUCGAUCAAAACGAUAACGAAUAUGUCGCAGAAAAUGCCGUCCGCCUUAUUAAUAUUGCCUACAAGCUUCGUCAACCCCUUCUGUUCAAAGAUUGCCUCAUUCACGUUGCUGGUUAUAUGCCUCCUGACUCCAGGAACGCUCAUCAUGUGUGCAACAGAGUGAUCUAUGAUGUCAUGAUGAUAGUACGUAAUGAGAUCAAUCGACGAGUAGUCGAAGCCCAGCAACGUCUCAUGCUAUCCACACCUAGCGAGGAACGCUCGAGACUUCUAGGCCAUUGUUGGGAGGUUGGCUUUGAGGAAACACAAGGACAACUGAGCUUGCCUUGCUACUUCAGAAUUCUGGCGGAGCACGAUAGCGAAUUUGCCAGCACCCUGUCUGACGUGCUCCAUUGCGAGUUACGUUUACCGGAAGGAAUCAAGCACGAAGCGGGUGCCCGUGUUCUCAAUGAUACCGAUAACUUUUAUUGUGCAAGAUUAUUGGACAGAGAUCUACCAUGGGACCUCACUGAGACCGACUGGUAA